AUGAACGACGACGACGACGGCGGCAGUGCAGACGGACGCCGUUCGGUCCGGCACCACGGCAAGCACCACAAACUGGCACCGCCUAACAGAUGGCCGACCACAGGCGGGUCUGCGGCCGCGGCGUCGGUGGCCGACGUCGUUCGCCCGGCCUCGUCCGUCGCAGGCCGGCAUCACCGUCGGCACGACGUGUUGGUCGCUGCGGCCGGCGGCAACAACACCGCAUCCCGGUCACCGCAGCCGCCACCACCGCAUGUGCUCCAGCACGCCGCGCCGGACAGCAUGUGCUACACGACCAACGAAGUGCUCGUCAUCAUCGCCGUCACAUGUUUCCUGAACUUCGCGUUCAUACUGCUUAUCAUGACGUGCGUGCACUGCUUCACGGACCCGUCGCAUCACAAGAAAUUCGGAUCGGUAGCGUACGCGGAGCUCGGCGACGAACUUUUCGACGCGGACAUGAUCGACGGUGACACGGUGACGCUGCUGAACCCGACCAAAUCUUCGAGAGACGCACUGGACUACGCGUAUGAGAAGAAAAACGGCUUCGGCGAAUGCGAUCUGGAGUCGUGUGCACCCUACCGGGGUCUGAUACACGACCACCGGUGCAAGUCCAGGAGGAAAUCCGAAGACGACCUGAUCAACGCCGCGUUCGAAUGA